GAGUUUUGUGGUCAAUAUUGCAAUCCAGCUCUCUUUGAGGAAUUAAUGGUAGGUGGUAAGUGGUGGUUUAACUCAUCUAUAGUAGAGAUGACAAAUAUGUGGUUUGGGAGCUUUUAUUUUAUUGUACACAAAAUGUAUAAGGACCACUAUGAUUUCUUUUUAGAUAGAAUAAUCAGAUGA